CACACCCACCGGCCCUCCCAGCUCAUCCUGCACUGUCAUGGUGCCUGCUCCGGAUGCAGUUGUCAUGGAGAUGGAAAAGGGCUCAGCGUCCGCUAGCGGCACUGUUACCAUGGAAAUGUCGGCUGCUGCCUCAGCGCAGCGAGCGGAGCCGCAGGAGUCUGUUCAGCACCAUGGACAGCACGCCGCCGGAGCCGCGUUCCAGCACAGAAAGUACCGCAUGCUGAUUGUGAUCGGAGAGGUUUCCACCAGCCACCACCUCGACGCUGCCAGGAAACAGAUCACACACGGUUUGCGCUCCUGGAACGUUGAUCUGUCCGUUUGCGACCUGAACAAGGAGGUGCAGCUGUUUGAGACCAGACACACUGCACAGUUUUCCUCACAGGUCAAAGGCCAGCGGAUUCUGCAGUAUCAGAGUGAUGUCCUUGACACAGUGGUGUUGGUGAACCCAUCAGAGGAGAGCACAGCCUCAGAGAUUCGCUCUCUGCUCACUGACUUAUCUGGGAAUAAAUUGCUGAUACUGAGUGGCCAGAGCUCUGAACAGGGAGGUGACAUCCUACUGCAAGGUGGAGCCUUCACUGGGCAACACUUCUGCAACAUCAUUUCCAGCCCUCAAGUGAUUGAACUCCUGUCCAGGGCCUCCUCAGUGCAGCCGCCCAGGCUUACUGUUUCCUGUCAGGGAGACGGGGGCUGGAGCUCCUUGGGCCAAAGCCAGGAGCAGCAGUCGCUCCAGAAUCUUCUGGAAUACCGUUUGAACCCCGAACCCCACCUCCCAGACAUGGACGGAGUCACAGAGUUCACCGACUAUGUCUCAGAGACAGUGGAUGUGCCAUCAUCCUUCGACCUUCUGGAGCCCCCAACGUCUGGAGGUUUUCUGAAGCUGUCCAAACCCUGCUGCUACAUCUUCCCUGGAGGCAGGGGAGACUCUGCUCUGUUUGCCGUCAAUGGGUUCAACAUCCUAGUGGAUGGGGGAUCUGAUCGGAAGUCUUGCUUCUGGAAGCUGGUUCGCCACCUUGACAGGAUCGACUCUGUUCUGCUCACCCAUAUUGGUGCAGACAACCUCCCCGGCAUCAAUGGGUUGUUCCAGAGAAAGAUUGCAGAGCAAAAAGAGGAGCGUAACCAAGGUUCUGGCUCGAGCAGCAAUGGUGACUGGAUGAAGAACUUGAUCUCUCCUGAGAUCGGGAUCGUGUUUUUCAACGUCCCAGAGAAGCUUCGGAUGCCCGAGUCCACACUGAAAGUGAAGCGAAGCAUUGAGGAAGCAUCUCUUACAUUGCAGUACCUCAACAAGCUUGGCAUCACACCAGAGCCUCUUCACAGGGUAGUCAGCAACACUAUUGAACCUAUCACACUCUUUCACAAACUUGGUGUGGGGAAGUUAGAUAUGUACAUCUUAAACCCUGUAAAAGAGAGCAAAGAGAUGCAGUUUCUCAUGCAGAAAUGGGCUGGAAACAGCAAAGCCAAGACAGGUAUUAUGAUGCCUAAUGGAAAAGAAGGAGAAAUAUCUGUCCCCUACUUGACAUCAGUUACUGCUCUCAUUGUUUGGAUUCCUCACCGUCCAACAGAAAAGAUAGUCAGGGUGCUCUUCCCUGGAAAUGCACCGCAGAACAAAAUCUUCGAGGGCCUUGAGAAGCUGAAACACCUGGACUUCUUGCGAUACCCAGUGGCUACGCAGAAAGACAUAUCAUCUGGUGCACCUCCGCCCAUCAUCAAACAAACUAAAAUGAGAUCAAGGACGGACAGCAAAGAGAGUCUCAAAUCCUCACCCAAACCACACUCUAAAUCAACAAAGAAAGACGCUGGUGGACAGGAGGAAGAGCUGAAGAGUGACAUCAUUAAAGAGAAUAAAGCAGAAAAGAAAGAGGAGAAGAAACUUAAAACUGACAGUCUAAAAGCCACCAAACAACAGAAAAACAGUGAGGCGGCCCCUGCAGCAGAGAAAAAGUCAGAGAAAAAGAAAAUAUCCAAGGAAAAAACUGCCAAGCAGGAGAAAGCAUCCAAGAUGGAUGAAAAGAAAGACAAGGAGAAAAGAGACAUUAAGAAAGAGAAACGUGAAGUAAAGAAAGAUGAAAAUAUAAGAAAAGAAGAGAAAAAAGAAAGUAAAGCCAAGGAGGAUAAAAAGAAGGACCAAAGUAAACCAGAGCUGAGAAAAAUCACUAAACCUGAUCUGAAGCCGCUCACCCCUGAAGUGAGAAAAACUCUGCAUAAAGCUAAGACUCAGGCUAAGCCCAAGACAGACAAGAAUAAAGCAGUUAAAGAGGAAGCAAAUGAGAAAAAGCCAGUCCCAAAGAACAUCCCUGAAGAGGUUGCAGCAGCAGCUCUGGCUGACAGGUCCAUAGUCUCCUCCCCAGAGGACCUCACUGAGGACUUUGAGGCUCUGAAGCAAGAAGAGCUGAAGACUGUGCCUAUCCAGAAUGAUGUAAUAUCUGGGCAUUCAUUGCACGCAGACCCUAAAGUUUCUCCCCUGGUUUUCUCUGAUGAGAAAGUCACCUCUGCAGCCACGGAGAUAAAAUGUGCUUCCCCAAAAUCCCCUGUCAAACAGGUGGAAGACAACAAAGACAAGGGCACAUCAGAACUGGUUGCAACCACUCAAAACAUGGAAGCAAGUGAUGGCUUUGACAAGAAGUAUGAAGAGGAGAAAAUGGAGAAAUAUGACAAAUACCCUGUAAAAGACGACACAAAAGACAGUUCAAAGAAGAGUGACAGCUCAGAGGAGGAGGGGGAUGUAAUUGAAAAAGCUGAACUUGAAGGAACAGAAGAUGAUGAAGUCCUGAAAUACAAAACAGAGGAGGCGAAAAAGGAAAAAACUGGAAAGGAGUGGGACACCAAGCCAACUGAACAAAAACCCUCAUCAAUCGCAGUCCUGUCUGGGCAAGUAGCAGCCACCGCCUCAGAGCAAUUCUCCUUCAUCCAAGACGAGACCAUCCCUGGGUACUCCGAGACUGAGCAAACCAUCUCUGAUGAGGAGAUCCACGAGGAAACAGAAGAUAGGAUCCCACAGCUGCGCUAUGACGUUGGCUCCUAUGACAUCUCUGUCCCUGACGUACCUGGUACAUUUGACUCCAUGCACGGUAUAAAAGAGAUGAAGAGCUCUGCCGUGUCUGAUGUUGCAGAUGUCAAACCCAAAGCCUUCAUGGGAGUUCACGAGCCUGAGCUUGCUCCUUACCCUGCCAUCAUUGCCGCUCCCCUUGCAGAAGAGGAGCACAUCUCCUCAGCAACAUCCAUCACAGAAUAUGACAAACUGUCGUCCUUUGCCACAUCUGUGGCUGAGGAUCAGUCGAUAACCUCUGUGACAGCACCUCAGACUGAGGAAGCUGGGAGGAACUCUCUCCUGCUUGACCCCAUCAACAGUAUCCCGUCCCGCGCUGAUGCCGUCCAUGGGAAAGACUAUCUUCACUCGGCGGGAACCAUCUCGCCCACCUCCUCUCUGGAGGACGACAAGUGCUUUAAGUCUCCAUCUUCUGAUGAGUAUCAGCCAAACAUUCCUGAGAUGGAGGGUGAUGAAAAGAUCAAACCGGUUCAUGAAGAGGAAGACGAAGAGGAAGAAGAGGACGAGGACCAAACUCCGAAUGUCGACAUCCCUCUGGGUAAACUCCAAGAGGGCUAUGAACAGGCAGCCUCCAUGAUGCUCCAGGAGAAGGAGAAAUCUCCCUCAGCCGCUUUCUCUCCUCCUGCUGUCUCUGCUAGUCUGUACUCUCCCACACAGUUCGUCAAAGAAAACCAGGCUCUGUUCAGCACAGAGGGAUUUAAGCCUGGUGCCGAUAUGAAGCCUGUUUCACCCCCUCCAUCUUUCUCCCCCGGGUUAGAGUCCCAUUCCAGGCAGGAGAGCGAGGAAAGAUGUAUAAGUCCAGAUGACAGCACCAUGAAACUGGCCUCACCCACACAGUCUGUGCCUACAAGCAGCGGCUACUCUCCAACGGAAGAGAAACCCUUUAAGACGGAUGACAAAGACGAGGUAGUGACCGAUACUAAAGCUGACUCUCAGAAAACAGAUAAAUCAGUCACUAUCUCAGACAAUACCUCCUUUAUUGGUGUGCGAGGUGACAAGAUAACAUCUGAAGAGUCUGAAGAAUCCACUGAAAACAGUGAGGAUGAAGAUGGAUGUUAUGUCAAAAAGGAUCUACAGCCUACUGUUAAGGCCAAGCUUAUGGAGGCAAAAGAGGGGUGCUUCUUGGAUGACGACUACACCUUCGGGUCCAAAUCUGCAAAGACAGAAACAGAAUUGAAGGGCGCGGACAAGACACAGGUGUCUUUUAGCACAGACGAGAAACCAAAACCUCAAGUGAUGUACUCAGAUGAAGAUGACUAUGAAAGAGAUGAUGAUUUCCCAAGUGGGGUAAUGUCUAAACCCUCAACAGACCAAAGCAAAAUAGACUUAGAAAGUAAAAGCGCAGACAAAACAGAAAUCACUUUUAAAGAGCCUGAGAAAAGUGUUCAUUUCAGUCUCUAUGAGUUCCCAGAGAAGGAAAGCAAAGAAAAGGCCAUAUAUAUAAGACAAGACACGCCCUAUGUGCAUGGCAAAACAUUCUCUUACAGUGACGUUUAUGACAGUAAAACAAGCUCAGUGGACUCCGAUUCAUAUCGCCAGGAGUCCUUAGAUAAGACAGAGAAGGACACUGCAAAGGGUGACGUGAACAUUGCGAAGGACAAAGUGGAUUUGCAAAAACAAGAGCCCCCAUCUCUGGUAACAGAUAAGAUGUCAGAGGAGGAGGGAUUUGCUGUCUCUUAUGGAAAAGAGUCCUCCACUUCAUCAUGCCUUGACUCCAAGAGCGCCUCUGUGAUUGCUCCAUUUGAAGAAGUAGUUAAAGGAAAGGAGACAUUCGAGUACAGCACCGGCAGCCAGUUGCCUUCGGUGGCUGACAGACCUGAGGCCUCAUCCACUUCUUCAUCAUCAGAAAAAGACCCGUUUAAAAGCCUGACAGACGGUACAAAGCCCCAGACCUCAGCGACAGCAUUUGAUGCAGACAAACCUGUUGCCCCAGGCUACAGUGAGAAAGGAGCAUGUUUGGAGGUUGAUAUGAGAAAACUAACAGCAAGGGAUGAGGAGGACUAUGAUGAUGAUGAAGUUGUGGAUGAAGAUGAUGACGAGGAGGAAGAUGAAGAGGAGGAGGAAGAGGACGAGGAAACUUGUGCUGCUGAUUUUGAUAUGGAGAAAGGUGCCAAAGAGAAGUCUGAGAAGGAAGUAAAAAGUCCUCUCAGUGAAAUGCUUGGUUCAAAUAGGCCUGAAUUUAUGGUUUCUAUGGCUGGAUACGGCUUUAACAGUCAGGGGAAGCCAAGCGUGAAAGAAAGCUGUUCUAGUUCACUCACAAAGGCUGAUGACGAGACGAAGACAGACUCCUCAUCCUUCAGUGGAAAGCCAGUGGAUGUAGGGGCUACGGGUUUCUCUAGCUACUCCUCAGGGUUUGAGUACUCAUAUGGAAGUGGUGAGAAAGAAUCAUUUUUAUCAAGUCAGAUCCCUGACAAAGGUAAAGAGGAUUUCACUUUGAAAUCAACAGAAGAAAGUUAUUACCAGGAUGACAGGGCUGAUCCUGAUUUUGAGAAACAGAAAACACCAGAUCUUCUGAGCAAGACAUCACUGGACACAAGUUUUCAGUACGCGACCACCGCUGCCCCUGGGUACUCCUCCUCUUCAGCCUACAGCUACUCCUCCUCCACCUCGGGCUCCCUCUCCACCAGCCGUCAGUUUGGAGAAGAGCUGGAGACACCUGCCGAGCCUCUCUUUGAGUACUCCUCCUUUAAAGAUGAACACUCACUGGUCAUGGACUCUCCCUUCUCCAGCUCUACUGCUGCUAAGGAGGACUACCUGGAAGUGUCUGAAAAACACAUCACCGCUACAACCACAGCUGAGUCCACCUCCAGUUUAGCCCGCUUCUCACCCCUCAGCCCAUUCGAGGAGGUCAAAUCCUUCCCCUCGCUCGCCUCUACUGAGGACAGGAAGGAGCAUACGACUUCUUUAGGUGGAGUUAUGGACAAAGGCCCUCAAUCAGACUGCUUCUAUAAACCUGAAUGGUCUGAGGGAUCCAAGCUGGGCACAGCUGUUGGGUUUGGGGCCUCAGCAGGACUGUUCUCUCAUCCUGCAGACCUCACCAAGGACAAAGAGGCAGCCAGCGCAGCUCUGUUUGGUGUCACUUCUUCACCACGCCCAGACAUAGAAGGCAAGCAUUACUUUGAGGAGACUGACAGUAGUGAAGAAGAGGAUGAGGAGGCUUACAUGCGUGAGAUGACUCGGAGGUCGCCUUCCAGUGGUCUGGUUAGUGGCCUCUCAUUUUCUGACAAGCCUGUUGCUCCAGCUGCCAGUGAAAAGAUGGGUGGUGCACUCCCUGAUGUUCUUGGCUCCUACAUGCCCUCACCUCUCCAGGUCAGCAAGCCAGACACAGCCAAUGGUCCCACGGAGGUCAGCUCAAGCUCCACUGUCCUCGCGGGAGCAGCAGCCAGUGGUGUAUCUUCAUGCCCACCCAAGGUGGAGCCCAGAGAAGGAGCAGCAGGAUACAGGAGUUCUUAUGAGUGGGAGAUGUCAAAGCCUCAGAUGGGUAUGGUACCAGGAGACUCCCCUCCCCAUUACCGUCAUGAUGAUGAGUUUGAGGAGGAGUGCGAGAUGGAGCCAGAGCACCCUGCCCGCCCGCUUUCACUCUCUUCAACCGAUCAACCAUUUCACUCACCAUUCUACGCCGAGGAGUGCAGCCGAGGAGGGCAGGAUGACGACGAUGACAGCGAUCAGGACUUGGCCCGUGAUAUGGCCAUGGGAGCCACCUCUUCUUAUACCAGCCGCACCUCUCCUGGAUAUUCCUCCUCCGAAUGCAGACAGCGCAAAGAGGACCUCUCACCUUCCUUCAUCAACCCGUGCAUGGGGCAGUUAUCUAGUGAAGAGGAUGAAGAGGAGCAAGGGUGCAGGAGUGACCAAUCACAGGACGAUGAGCGUGAUCUGUCAGUCAAGAGGAGGGCUCAUAAACAGGCCCAUCACCACCAGUCCCACAGCCGGGACAGCAGCUCUCUGCACCAAGCCGGCGGCAUGUCGGCAGGGCUGGGUCUGGCCACAGAGGACACCCCGCCCACCUCUGUCAGUGAAUCUUUAGCCUCUCAGUCAGACUCUGAUGUGCCUCCGGGCACUGAAGAAUACCCCUCAGUCACUGGAGAGGGCAACUUGGACUCAGAUGAGGAUGCAGACUACAUGCCUGUUGAUAAAUUAUCUGCUGCUGGAGGAGGCAGCCAUCAUUCCACGAGGAGGAGCCACGACCCUCUUCCUGCUCCCCUCAUGGAUCCCCAUCCUCACCCCCCACGCCCAGACGUUUGCAUGGUGGACCCUGAGUCUUUGGAUAAUGGUUCAGUUAAGAAAGAACCAAAGGCCAAGAGCUUAAAGAAAGCUUCGGGAAAAACCAAAUCAUCAUCCCCAGCCAGACGCAAGAGGUCUCCCAUGCCUCUCAAACAGACGCCGUCUCCUCGCAGUGCCUCACUGAAGAAGAAAGAGGCAGACAAAAGCUCACGUAUGUCUCGCCUGUCAGAUGGACAGGGCUCCAAGGACGAUGACCUCUCCAGGUCAAGUUACAACCCUGGGAAGAGCCUGACUAACGGUGUCAAGAGCAGUUCAGGUUCCCAGAAGUCUGGCUCUGCAGCUGCUCCUGGCCUUCCUAUUUAUGUGGACUUAGCCUACAUUCCCAACCACUGCAGUGCCAAGAAUGUGGACCAGGAGUUCUUUAAACGCAUUCGCUCUGCAUACUACGUGGUGAGCGGUAACGACGCAGCAAGUGGCGAACCGAGCCGAGGUGUCCUUGACGCACUGUUGGAUGGGAAAGCUCAGUGGGGAUCAAACCUACAGGUGACCCUGAUCCCCACCCACGACACGGAGGUGACCCGUGACUGGUACCAGCAGACACAUGAGAAGCAGCAGGAGCUCAACAUCAUGGUCCUGGCCUCCAGCAGCACCGUCGUCAUGCAGGAUGAGUCUUUCCCCGCCUGCAAGAUCGAGUUUUAAGAUCCUCGUUUUCCUCCUCCUCCUCCUCCUCCUCCUCUUUAAUUGCUCUUCUCUAUAACCUGAUAUGUAAAUCUGUCUUUGCUUUGGGCACUUGACCAGAAGCAGAAACAGAUCUGCACAACUGUCUGUUUUUCUCUAGGUUUUUAUUCAUUUCUAACCUUGUUGUGGCUCUCACCGUUUGUAUUACAAAGGUAGUUUUCUGUCAGCUGUGUCCUCCACUACAUUGGCACUCAGUCCUGUGACAGGGAUAGCACAGUUUUUUCUGCUCCUUCACUCGAUGUUUUCCAAAACCUUUGAGACAAUGCAGUCUUUGUGCAUUAACAGAGAAAAAUCGUCUAAAUUUGUUCGCUUGCUUGUCUUCUAAUUGGCCGAAAUCAAAGCACAAGUUUGCGCACCUUCAAGCCAGCAACAAUCUACAAACGUAUUUUAGUGAAUCCCAGACAUCAGACCUUUCACAACACACGUGAUCAAUUUAGAGAAUCAUCAUCACAGGCUGCCAAUUGUGAUCAGUUUCUUCUACUUUCUCUUUCUGUCUGUCUUCUAAAACAAUGACAGUCCCAGCGUUGAACUUUGUUCUUCCUACUGACAUAGUGACAUAGAAAAUAUUGAAGUAGACCCCAGAGGUCCUUUCUGUAUGUCAUCUGAGUAUAUUUGCUGUAGCUUAGGGACGUCCAUACUCCAAAAUCCGUCUUGUAGUGAAUUAUGAUAUUUCUACGGUUAUCUCAAAGUGAAAAUCAGUCGUUGCAGUAAGAAUUUCUCAGUGGCUGUUACUUCUGACAGUGAAUAAGUUUCUGUAUAAUUGUUUCUGUAGUCUUCGAUGUGUUUUUUCAGCGUGUUUCCAGUUAACAUAUCGUUGCAGAGGAUGGUGGAGGCAACUGAAGGCAGAGGCGCUGAUAACGUCA